CGCCAUUCUGACCGCAAGCCAUGUGGUCCCGGGCAGGAUCCAAUGACAUCGCAGGCGACGCUCUCGUAGUAGUGUUCUGUCUUAAAGCGACAGGCACAAUUUGUUCUUUUCCACAUAUAGUCCCCUCUUUUGUUCAUAUUUUUAACAUGCUGAGCUCCGGAUGUAAACAAUGAGGAUUCAGUCUGGCGCCUUUUUGUAUGCAUUUAGUGUGAGAAUCUCUCGGGGGCGGGGUUAAACAGAUACUUUGUGCUGCAACCAAUCAACAAAGAUCCAACAUGGAGACGCAUGACUACAGUGUUCCCACUCAGUCUAUCGCUUUCACACACACACACACACACACACACACACACGCACACAUUCUCGACAGACGUACACGCCGUCUCGCCGCGCAUGCGCACUGGGGCCGCCAUCAGAAGCCAGCGGGCGCAGGCACGCACGUGCAUGCGCGUGCAGCCACACCGCCUGAUUAGCUUCCGAGAGCCGUCUACGGUAUCCUGGGGAGAAAGCGGCGUGAGUGGCGACAGCAUCGCAAGAGGAGGAGGACCGGCUGCCUAAGGCGGCCCGGAUCGGUCUCCGGCAUCCUUUGGGCUCGGGGUGACACGGAGCAGUGCGCUGGGCUCAGCCGGGGACGGACGGGGCUGAUCCGCCGCUACGAGAACCGGGCUGGCCCUCUCGGAUCCGUACCGUGGGGGAGGGGCGGUCGACGCAGGGAGAAAGAGCCUGUUUUUCCAGACCGCGGCUGCAAGGAACUCUCCCAUAUUUCUUUUCUCCAGUCCUGUCUGUUCUCUCUUGUGAUUCCCCUCCUGCCUUCCUCCCAGUGUCGUCGCUGCUCCCUUUGCCUCCAUUGUUUGAUACCCAGGUCGUCCUGCGGUGCUGCUGUCACAAUCUCCCCGUCUCGUCCACUUCUGUCAUCUAACUGCCCUCAUUUUUUGUUAGUCGAGCAUCCCCGUCCUGCCCGUCUCUCUCACGUUGGCCUCGUCUUCCUCUCCAGGCUCGUCUCUGUGCCCUUCAGACGGCCCCUCUCUGUUUACUCCAUCUUCUCUCUCUUCGCUCCCAUCGCCCUCAACCCUGCGGUGGCUCUACAUUUGGGUCAGCCUGAUCAACAAAUAGGAUGAGAUGUAGUCUCCACACCUUCCAGAUCCAGGGGCUCCUGGGCCCCGUGUCUUUUUUAGCUCACAUUUGUGGCUGGCCUGGAGCCGUCUCUGGACUGACCGGGUGGGACGCUUCGGGGUGCUGCAUGUAGGCCAGGAUAGUCUGCACCCUUCCCUCGCCCCCUGCCCCCGUUCCUUCACCCCCUCUCGGGGCAGCCUUCACUCUGGAGUGCCCCGGCCUCUCCCCACGCACCCUGACGACACCCUCAUGCCAAUGGGGCACCUCCAGUGCUCCCACCCCCCUCCACUACCGGACCACCUGCCUGUGUCACCGGCCCAAGCCCCCCGUCACCCUCAGCAUGGGUGUGGUGGAGGCUAUUGACCCCACGCCGUCCCCCUGUCCCUCGCCUGUACCGGGGGGCUACCGGCUGCCCCGCUCCUCCAGCUACAGCCCCCUGCAGGGGAGGGCAGGGGCAGAGCUGGACCUCGGUGAGGCGGCCGGCGGGGUCCUGGAGGGGGGUGGGACGACGGCGCAGCGCAGGACCCCCUUGGUGGAUCUGUUCUGCGAAACCUGCUCCAGGCCCUGGCUCAUCGGCUGGUGGGACCAGUUCAAGAGGAUGCUGAACAGAGAGUUGUCCCAUUUGUCAGAGAUGAGUCGCUCAGGGAACCAGGUGUCUGAAUACAUCUCCACUACCUUUCUAGAUAAGCAGAACGAGGUGGAGAUUCCGUCGCCGACCUUGAGGGAGCGGGACAAGCCGAUGUGUCACAUCAGUGGCGUGAAGAAGCUCACACACAGUUCCAGCCUUUCAAACUCCACCUUGCCUCGCUUCGGCGUCAAGACUGAACACGAGGACGCGUUAGCCAGAGAGCUGAAUGACCUGAACAAGUGGGGCCUUAAUAUCUUUCGUGUGGCAGAGUUUUCGAACAACAGACCCCUGAGCUGCAUUAUGUUUGCCAUCUUCCAGGAGCGAGAUCUACUGAAGACCUUUAGGAUCCCAGUGGAUACGUUUGUCACCUACGUGAUGACGCUGGAGGACCAUUACCAUGCCAACGUGGCCUACCACAACAGCCUCCACGCCGCAGAUGUCACUCAGUCCACGCACGUACUGCUGUCUACGCCGGCUCUAGAUGCUGUGUUCACUGAUCUAGAGAUUUUGGCUGCGUUAUUUGCGGCCGCCAUCCACGAUGUGGACCAUCCAGGAGUGUCCAACCAGUUCCUCAUAAAUACCAACUCCGAGCUUGCUCUGAUGUACAAUGACGAGUCUGUUCUGGAAAACCAUCACCUGGCUGUGGGCUUCAAGCUGCUUCACGAGGACAACUGUGACAUCUUCCAGAACCUCAGCAAGAGGCAGCGACAGAGCCUGAGGAAACUUGUCAUUGAUAUGGUUUUGGCCACAGAUAUGUCCAAACACAUGAGCCUGUUGGCAGACCUCAAGACCAUGGUGGAAACCAAAAAAGUGACGAGCUCGGGAGUUCUGCUGCUGGACCACUACACUGAUCGGAUACAGGUGUUGAGGAACAUGGUGCACUGCGCCGACCUGAGCAAUCCCACCAAGCCUCUGGCCGUGUAUCGACAAUGGACGGAGAGAAUCAUGCAGGAGUUCUUCAGGCAAGGCGACAAGGAGAGGGAGCGAGGGAUGGAGAUUAGCCCCAUGUGCGACAAGCACACAGCCUCCGUGGAAAAGAGUCAGGUGGGCUUCAUCGACUACAUCGUCCACCCUCUGUGGGAGACCUGGGGGGACCUGGUGCACCCCGACGCCCAGGACAUCCUGGACACUCUGGAGGACAACAGGGAUUGGUACCAGAGUACCAUCCCGCAGAGCCCGUCGCCUCCUCCCGUGAGCCAGGACAAGGAGCUCAACGCCUGCGUGGACAAGUUCCAGUUCGAACUCACCAUAGACGACGGCUCUCAAGCGGAGUGCGACGAGGGCGACGCCGCGCCGUGCCCCAACCACGUGGAACAAGACGGCCACAAAGGAGCCAAGGAGGACGAAGAGGAGGACGUCCUGGCUGAAGAAGAGGAGGAGGAGAUCGAGGACAUCAUCGAGGAGGAGGAGGACGACGAGGAGGUGGCGAUGGAGGAAGAGGAGCAGGGCGAGGAGCUGAAAGGCGAGCUGGAGUCCGAGUCGAAGAGGGAGAGACUUUCUGACACGAGUCCUGUAGAGGAAGAGGAGGAUUCUUCUUCGCAAGCUGACGACACAUGAGUGUCGCUCUUUGUAUCACGGAGCCCUCCUCACUUGCACAUGUGAUCUUUUUUCAUCCUUUCACGUGGCCAAACCAAGAACAACAACAUUAAUAACAAGACUUUAGUGACAAUACAGACCUUUAAAUCUAUUUUUCAAAAAGGGAAUCAAGCGGAGUUCAUCACACAGCAACUGUAGAUGCGAAGUAGUGAGCAUUGGACAGGAUGGUGUAGCACUCUGGGACUGGAAUGCACACAAAUAAACACACACAAAGUCAUUUUGAAUGCAACGAUGCAAUGUGUGCACGUGUGCAUAUAUGCAGAAUAAAUGAGCAUUGCGGCACCCCCCCCCUCCACCACAUGGGCUGCUGUUUUCCUGCAAACACACACUUGACUGUAUGUUUGUAUGUGUGCAUUUACGCAAGGGAUCGCUAACAAUGAUUCUUUUCUUUUUUGUUUUGUUUUGGAAAAAGCCAUCUCUUAAUGGAGUGUUUAGUCCCUAUUAGCAAUUCAUGUUCAGUAGAAUCCCAACAGGAACUGUUCUCCUCAGCAAAGCGAGCAACUUUCAUUUUUUUUUUCCAUUUCUGUCGGAAAAGAAAAAUAAGGGAGUUGGAUGUCGGUGGGGGAAUAUGGACGUCUUGGGGCCAUCUGGGUCCCGUACCCCUUUACGAGGAGAGCGCUUAGCUAGAAGAUGGCUCUGUGCCUUUUUGACUCACCAGCCUCCCUGAAUGGAGAGCUGCGGUGAAGCAAUGCAUUGUGGGUCAGGAGUUGUGUGCGCGCGCGUGUGCAUUUUGUUCUCACUUUCGAUUGUCUCUCGUGGAAGCUACUGUCCAUGCUAUUGUGGUGUGUCUGUGGUGACAUGUUUUAAGCUGUCAAGUCUUCCUUUGUUGCUCUUCUGCUGGUAUAACAGAGCAAUCACCACUAUUACCAACUCUCAUUUCUUUCCUACAAUAAGCCAUGUGAUGCUUCGGCGCAUACGUUUUGCCUUUACUUUCUUUUUAACAGUGGGAGGAAGGUGGGGUGGGAAUGUUAUGAGAUCAGCGGAUCAAUUUCGCGCCACGCCCACUCAGUCUGUGUGUUUAUGUCCUCAUACGAUGAUCACCAAAGUAGAUAAGUGCGGAUUAUGGGAAAAGAAAAUCAGGAAUGUUGGUCUGGAAAUUCCAAAUAGAUCAUUUUUUAUGCCAGACCACUUCCGCUCUGUCGCCUCACUUCCCUCCGUAAUAAAAUAUUAUCAAUCCCACUUUACCUUAUUUAUUCACAGGGAGUGAAGAUAAUUCCAGGCAAAAGUGGUCACUGUGAAAAGGGUCUAUUGUCCUUAUUAUGGUUUUUUUUUUUGCCUUAAUGUCAGAGGCAGCAUUCAUACUUGCCGCUAUAUGUAGAGGAAUAUAGCAGAUACCCUACUAUAUUUAUAUUAUGUCUGUAUGCUUGUUUCAUUGUAUUGGUCAAUUAUUUACAGUAUGUUGUGGCUGUGCUCUGACCAACAUAAAGAAUGUGUUUUUGUUGUUGUUAAAAUCACUCCAUUGCAGCUACCACGCAGAUAGAAUAAUGGUGUUGCAGUUUAGUGAGCAUUUAGGCGGGGUACACACAUACCAAUAAUCGGUCCGUAUUGACCUUUUUUUUCUCCUCCUUUCUGGUCAAAGUCUGCAAAGGCCCAAUUGUGGGUUAUCUCAUAAAGAUGAUAGUGACUGAUUAUCCUGUGCAGCGGGAUAUGUUAAGAGUGACAUUUCCUCCCCCAUCUACUAUGAAAAUGAUGGCAUCUGACAAUCGGAAAUGUUAAACCUGUUCAAUAUUUACAAUCUCGGACUCUGUGAUUGUGACGUGAAACGGAGGGAAAGCCAAUCAGGAGGCGAACUGUUGCCAGACACAAACGGAGGAGCAAUUGGUUAUGUUGAAUGUUUGUAUAACGUGUCUCACAGGUCAUUCACCACAAUAAAACUGGCAAGAGGAAGAGUUUGCCACUGCAAUAUAGUUACCAGAUUAGCUAACGGCCUAGCUUCCUCUAUUUCGUCUUUGUUUUUCCAUCAGUCUGGAUGUCCUGCGGCUCCAUACUGCUCUCACAGGUCAGUCUUGGUACUACAACAGACUUCUGGUUUGGGGGAGGAGACGUCGUUAUGUGUGUUGCGUUGGUCUUCUUGUGCGCACCGCUAUAACAGCAGUAUGAACACAUAUUUUUUUCCCCUGUCAUGUGUGGGUUCUCUCACAUUUUAAAAAUCCGAUAAGAUGUCAAAAAUCGGCACGUGUGUACCCUGCUUUUGAAUGACUUAUUUGUAGUUGGCCGACAGCGUGGUAGGACAAGAACAAAACGAAAUAUUGUUCAAUGUAUCAUUGUCCACUUUUUUUUUUUUUUUUUUUUAUAAGCUAGUGUCAUUUUCACAGUGUAAAAAGCAAAAGAACGACGAUGAAAAGUGGUGAGAGAGCCAGGUUCUGCGGGUCAGCAACCGAACUCUUCGUUUUGUGCGCGUGUGUGUGUGUGUGUGUGUGUGUGUGUGUGUGACCACGGGACUAUGGAAUGACAAGCAUCAACACAACAUUCCCAUAUGCACUGGCCUGUUCACUUAAAAGCUAUUGUUUUCUUUAUUGGUGGCUUUUUUGUGUGAUGUCAUGAAGCUAUAUAUAUAUAUAUAAAAAAAGUUACUAUUUAAUUGCCAUACAAACACGAUACUGUAGCAAAUUGUUUCUUAUUAAUAAGAAGAUUAUCCAGUGGAUUGACUGCUGCCAUUGUUUUUAAAAAUGAUGAUAAAGAAAAGCACGGAAUGUGUGUUUUCUUUGAACAGUUUGUGUACAGUUUAUUUUUAUAUCAUUCCAGUGGCCGGUGGGUGUAAAAAAACAACAACAACAAAAACAAAGAAUCACAUGUUGAUAUAGCUUGUAAGCGUAAUCACUCUUGUAUAUAAUGUAA